GUUGGUUUCUUGUUUGCAGCCGUCAUUGAUGACGGUAAAAGUAUUCUGAUACAAUCGAUUCGGGUCCGGAAGGAAUACGAAGGCCGAGGAAUAUACUCGCGACUAAGGGAAUUUUGCUUAAAGACUAUUUCUCAUUCUAGCGGAAGGAUGGCUCUAGUUGUAUACACUCCAGAUAAUUACAAAAAACUUCUGAAAACAUCAGCAAAACUUAUUUUCGAACGAGGUGCCAUGAGAUUGACAACUACAAAGAAGACUCUCCAGUCUCUAAUCGUGUCCCGAAAAUUGUCUGCCGAUAUCGAAAAUGUCGAUGCUCAGUAUCUGGAGGGUUUGUUCGUCAUCGAUUCUGCAUCUUCGCAUCUUUUUCCAGAGAAAAGAAUUGUUGUCAACUGUGUGCCUUACCAGCUUCUAUCGACAAAUAUUAAGCGUAUACUCCAGGGAGUAUUCCAAGAAAUGAUUGCCACAGCCGUGCCUUAUAGAAAGCAUACCUCCAUGAUUUCUGCUGUUUCUUUUGAUCAGUGCGAAGCUGGUACUCUAGUUAAUCUUGAUUUGUUCGGCGAUAUUGAGAACGAAAAUAUUCUGUUUGAUCAUUUAAAUGUUCAGUUGGAAAAAUGUAUAAACAACUGUGGUGAAGUUAUCGUGCUGUACAUCACUUUUAAGAUACAACAGAACGUCGACUCUCUUUCACGGGUGCUGUCGAAAUUGAGCUGGAAGAAACUGAGUGAUGACGUCAUUCAUGGCUUCGAAAUUCCUAUCUGA